CCUUCUAGACCAAAAUGGGAAGACCAAAUAUCUUUUCUCCUACAUUCUCAACAUAAGCCGCACCUAAUAAGAACUCCAUCCAAACUCACUUCUGGAUUUUAGCCACAAUGGAGUAUCUUUUCGUCGCCAUCGCACUACUUGUCGCUUCAUUUCUCUUCUCUUCAUACUUCCGCCGCAAAUUUUCCAACCUCCCGCCGACUCUCUUUCCAACCCUCCCGGUAAUCGGCCACCUGCACCUUUUGAAGAAACCCCUCUACAGGACAUUGGCUACAAUCUCCGCCAAACACGGCCCAAUCCUGCUCAUCCGCUUUGGAUCCCGCCGCGUCUUAGUGGUCUCCUCCCCUACCGCUGCGGAAGAAUGUUUCACUAAGAACGACGUCAUCUUCGCUAACCGCCCUCGGUUUCUUGUUGGCAAGAUUCUUGGCGACAACUACACCAGCAUAGGCUGGGCACCAUACGGCGACCACUGGCGCAACCUUCGCCGGAUCUCCUCCAUCGAGAUCUUCUCAUCUCAUCGCCUAAACGAAUUCCAUGACAUACGCGCUGACGAAGGAAGACUACUUAUACGUAAGCUGAUCUCUGAAAGUUCUUCGCCGGUAAACUUCAAGUCGGUUUUGCAGGAGAUGACGCUGAACGUGAUGAUGAGGAUGAUAUCGGGGAAGAGAUAUUUCGGUGGAGAUAUGAAGGAAGAAGGCAAACAGUUCCAGGAGAUAAUUAAGGAGAGUGUUCUGGUGGCAGAUACUUCGAAUUUAGGGGAUCACUUGCCCAUUAUGAGAUGGUUUGGAACGAAAGGGUUGGAAAGGAAGAUGAUUGAGUUGCAGAAAAAGAGAGACGCUUUUUUUCAAGUGUUGAUCGAGCAACAUCGUAAAGUGGAUGGGAUUGAACCGGAAAACAAGAAGAACACAAUGAUUAAAGUGCUAUUGCAGCUACAAAAAACUGAUCCGGAGUACUACACUGAUGAAGUUAUUAGAGGCUUUGUGCUGAAUCUGUUAACAGCUGGAACUGAUACUUCUGGCACGACUAUGGAAUGGGCUCUUUCCCUUUUGCUCAACCAUCCACAUGUUAUAAAGAAGGCACAGAGCGAAAUCGACUAUCAUGUGGGGAAGGACCGUCUUGUUAACGAAUCAGACAUGAGCAAAUUACCUUAUAUCCGUUGUAUUGUGAACGAGACUUUGCGUAUGUACCCUCCACUCCCAUUACUAGUACCUCAUGAGUCAUCGGAGGAUUGUGUGGUCGGAGGCUAUCAUAUCCCACGUGGGACCACGCUACUAGUCAAUCAAUGGGCCAUGCAUCGUGACCCCGACUUGUGGAGUGACCCUGAAAGGUUUCAACCAGAAAGGUUCGAGAGCUUAGAAGGUACAAAAGAUGGGUUUAGAUUCAUGCCAUUUGGGUCUGGAAGGAGAAGUUGUCCAGGAGAAGGUUUGGCGAUGCGUAUGGUUGGGUUGACGUUAGGGUUGCUAAUACAGUGUUUCGAUUGGGAAAGGAUUAGUGAAGAGAUGGUUGAUAUGAGAGAAGGCCCUGGGCUCACCAUGCCCAAGGCUCAACCUUUAGUAGUCAAUUGUAGACCACGUACUGUAACACACAAUUUAAAAAUGUAA